CUGGCGCGGCUCCCUCCGCCCGGCAGCCUUGCCAGGAGCUGCCACCGGGUCCCGCUCGCCUCCCCGGCCGCCGCCACCGCCUCCGCCUCCGCCGCUCCGGGCCCGCCGGCUUGCGUCGCCGAGGUCGCUGCAGCAUGGCGGGCGUCGCGACCCCCUGCGCCAACGGCUGCGGGCCUGGCGCACCCUCCGAAGCCGAGGUGCUGCACCUCUGCCGCAGCCUCGAGGUGGGCACCGUCAUGACUUUGUUCUACUCCAAGAAGUCGCAGCGGCCAGAACGGAAGACCUUCCAGGUCAAGUUGGAGACGCGCCAGAUCACAUGGAGCCGCGGCGCGGACAAAAUCGAGGGGUCCAUUGAUAUCCGAGAAAUCAAGGAGAUCCGUCCAGGGAAGACUUCUCGGGACUUUGACCGCUACCAAGAAGACCCUGCCUUCCGGCCAGAUCAAUCACACUGCUUUGUCAUCCUCUAUGGAAUGGAAUUCCGCUUGAAGACCCUGAGCCUGCAAGCCACAUCUGAGGAUGAAGUGAACAUGUGGAUCAAGGGCUUAACUUGGCUAAUGGAGGAUACACUGCAGGCAGCCACACCCCUGCAAAUUGAGAGGUGGCUCCGGAAGCAGUUCUACUCAGUGGAUCGUAACCGAGAGGAUCGUAUAUCAGCCAAGGACUUGAAGAACAUGCUGUCUCAGGUCAACUACCGAGUCCCCAAUAUGCGCUUCCUCCGAGAGCGGCUGACGGACCUUGAACAGCGCAGCGGGGACAUCACCUACGGGCAGUUUGCUCAGCUGUACCGCAGCCUCAUGUACAGCGCCCAGAAGACGAUGGACCUUCCCUUCUUGGAAACCAACGCUUUGAGGACUGGAGAGCGUCCGGAGCAUUGCCAGGUGUCCCUUUCUGAGUUCCAGCAGUUCCUCCUUGAAUACCAGGGGGAGCUGUGGGCUGUCGACCGGCUCCAGGUGCAGGAAUUCAUGCUCAGCUUCCUUCGAGACCCCUUGCGAGAGAUUGAGGAGCCAUACUUCUUCUUGGAUGAGCUUGUCACCUUCCUGUUCUCCAAAGAGAACAGCGUGUGGAACUCACAGCUGGAUGCUGUGUGCCCGGACACCAUGAACAACCCACUCUCUCACUAUUGGAUCUCCUCCUCACAUAAUACGUACCUGACUGGGGACCAGUUCUCCAGUGAGUCCUCCCUGGAAGCCUAUGCUCGCUGCCUGAGGAUGGGCUGUCGCUGCAUUGAGUUGGACUGCUGGGAUGGGCCAGAUGGGAUGCCAGUCAUUUACCAUGGGCACACUCUCACCACCAAGAUCAAGUUCUCUGACGUCCUGCACACCAUCAAGGAGCAUGCUUUCGUAGCCUCAGAGUACCCAGUCAUCCUGUCCAUCGAGGACCACUGCAGCAUUGCCCAGCAGAGAAACAUGGCUCAGCACUUCAGAAAGGUGCUUGGCGACACACUCCUUACCAAGCCUGUGGACAUUGCUGCUGAUGGCCUUCCUUCUCCCAACCAGCUCAGGAGGAAGAUCCUUAUUAAGCACAAGAAGCUGGCUGAGGGCAGUGCCUAUGAGGAGGUGCCUACCUCUGUGAUGUACUCCGAGAAUGACAUCAGUAACUCCAUCAAGAAUGGUAUCCUCUACUUGGAGGACCCCGUGAAUCAUGAGUGGUAUCCCCACUACUUCGUUCUGACUAGCAGCAAGAUCUACUACUCUGAGGAGACCAGCAGUGACCAGGGCAAUGAGGAUGAAGAGGAGCCGAAGGAGGCCAGCAGCAGCACAGAGCUGCACUCGAGUGAGAAGUGGUUCCACGGGAAGCUCGGGGCUGGACGUGACGGGCGGCACAUUGCUGAGCGCCUGCUCACUGAGUACUGCAUAGAGACUGGGGCUCCUGAUGGCUCCUUCCUAGUGCGAGAAAGUGAGACCUUCGUGGGUGACUACACGCUGUCUUUCUGGCGGAAUGGGAAAGUCCAGCACUGCCGCAUCCACUCCCGGCAGGAUGCUGGGACUCCUAAGUUCUUCUUGACAGAUAACCUUGUCUUUGACUCUCUCUAUGACCUCAUCACACAUUAUCAGCAAGUACCCCUGCGCUGCAAUGAGUUUGAGAUGCGCCUUUCAGAGCCUGUUCCACAGACGAAUGCCCAUGAGAGCAAAGAGUGGUACCACGCAAGCCUGACUAGAGCUCAGGCUGAACAUAUGCUGAUGCGAGUGCCCCGGGAUGGGGCCUUCCUGGUGCGGAAACGCAAUGAGCCUAACUCAUAUGCCAUCUCUUUCCGGGCUGAGGGAAAGAUCAAGCACUGCCGAGUACAGCAGGAAGGCCAGACAGUGAUGCUGGGGAACUCUGAGUUUGACAGCCUGGUUGACCUCAUCAGCUACUAUGAGAAGCACCCCCUGUACCGCAAAAUGAAGCUACGCUACCCCAUCAACGAGGAGGCACUGGAGAAGAUCGGGACAGCUGAACCCGAUUAUGGGGCACUAUACGAGGGCCGCAACCCUGGUUUCUAUGUGGAGGCAAACCCUAUGCCAACUUUCAAGUGUGCAGUAAAAGCCCUCUUCGACUACAAGGCCCAGAGAGAGGAUGAGCUGACCUUCACCAAGAGUGCCAUCAUCCAGAAUGUGGAAAAGCAAGAUGGUGGCUGGUGGCGAGGGGACUAUGGUGGGAAGAAGCAGCUGUGGUUCCCCUCAAACUAUGUGGAAGAGAUGAUCAAUCCAGCAGUCCUAGAGCCUGAGAGGGAGCACCUGGAUGAGAACAGCCCACUGGGGGACUUGCUGCGAGGGGUCUUAGAUGUGCCAGCUUGUCAGAUCGCCAUCCGUCCUGAGGGCAAAAACAACCGGCUCUUCGUCUUCUCCAUCAGCAUGCCAUCAGUGGCUCAGUGGUCCCUGGAUGUUGCAGCUGACUCACAGGAGGAGUUACAGGACUGGGUGAAAAAGAUCCGUGAAGUUGCCCAGACUGCAGAUGCCAGGCUCACUGAGGGAAAGAUGAUGGAGAGGAGGAAGAAGAUCGCCUUGGAGCUCUCCGAGCUUGUGGUCUACUGCCGGCCCGUUCCCUUUGAUGAAGAGAAGAUUGGCACAGAACGUGCUUGUUACCGGGACAUGUCCUCCUUUCCGGAAACCAAGGCUGAGAAGUAUGUGAACAAGGCCAAAGGCAAGAAGUUCCUCCAGUACAACCGGCUGCAGCUCUCGCGCAUCUACCCUAAGGGCCAGAGGCUAGACUCCUCCAAUUAUGACCCUCUGCCCAUGUGGAUCUGCGGUAGCCAGCUUGUAGCACUCAAUUUCCAGACCCCAGACAAGCCUAUGCAGAUGAACCAGGCCCUCUUCAUGGCUGGUGGGCAUUGUGGCUAUGUGCUGCAGCCAAGCACCAUGAGAGACGAAGCCUUUGACCCCUUUGAUAAGAGCAGUCUCCGAGGUCUGGAACCCUGUGUCAUUUGCAUUGAGGUGCUGGGGGCCAGGCAUCUGCCGAAGAAUGGCCGGGGUAUUGUGUGUCCUUUUGUGGAGAUUGAGGUGGCUGGGGCUGAGUACGACAGCACCAAGCAAAAGACGGAGUUUGUAGUGGACAACGGACUGAACCCUGUGUGGCCUGCUAAGCCCUUCCACUUCCAGAUCAGUAACCCAGAGUUUGCCUUUCUGCGCUUUGUGGUGUAUGAGGAAGACAUGUUUAGUGACCAGAACUUCUUGGCUCAGGCUACUUUCCCAGUAAAAGGCCUGAAGACAGGAUAUAGAGCAGUGCCUUUGAAGAACAACUACAGUGAAGACCUGGAGUUGGCCUCCCUGCUCAUCAAGAUUGACAUUUUCCCUGCUAAGGAGAACGGUGACCUCAGUCCUUUCAGUGGCAUAUCCCUAAGGGAACGGGCCUCAGAUGCCUCCAGCCAGCUGUUCCAUGUCCGGGCCCGGGAAGGGUCCUUUGAAGCCAGAUACCAGCAGCCAUUUGAAGAUUUCCGCAUCUCGCAGGAGCAUCUAGCAGACCAUUUUGACAGUCGGGAACGAAGUACUUCAGAUGGUCCUUCCUCAGCCACUAACCUUAUUGAGGAUCCCUUACAUGACAAGCUGUGGAAGUGCUCUCUUUAAAUACCCAGUGGCUAAGAAGAUGCUGGCCUCUAUGAUGGCAAAAAUGCGGCAAGCUGCAAGUUUUGGAGGACAAAGUCAUUACUACCCUCUGGCAAAAAUAAGCCACACCAGCAACCUGGGCCAUAGUUCCCAGGCUGCCUGCUGUGUUGAAAGAGGACUGCUGCACAGAAAGCAGACAUUUACCAAACCAGGAAAGCCUCUUCAUGCUCACCUCAGGAUGCUGUGAAUGUUCAGCAGGAUGCUUUGCUAGUUUUUUGUUUGGUUGUUUUUGUUUUUUGUUUUUUUGUUUUGGUGAGGCCAAAUGUGAGAUAAUGCCUUAUGAGUUGUUGGUCAUAGAGCCAGAGAUGUGCACAAAAAUACAAGCCACUGUCAUUCCUCUUGGUUGCCCAUCA